AUGCUCCGCUUCCUCGCGAAAAAACCACCGCGAACAAUAACAGCACCUCUAAACCCAAUACCCUUUGAUAACGGCCUCUCAUCAAUCGAAUUCAAAUCCCCAACAGACCGCUACCUAGUAAUAAACCGCUGGCCACCCGCCUCAAACACCAAGAGCCGAAAUAUCGCGCUCAGGCCACCACUACACUGGCACCGACAACAGUCCGAGACAUUUCAUGUCCUCCAGGGCUCAGCAGAGUUUAUCUGUGACGGAGUGAAGAGUAUCAAGUCUGCGGGCGAGUCGAUUACUAUACCCGCGCGAGCGAUUCACACGUUCUGUAAUGCGAGUUCGACGGAGGGGAUGGUUGUUGAGUUCGGGUUGAAUCCGAGAGGGCAAGAGGAUGAGGCAUUUUUUAGGAAUGUACAGUCCUACCGCGAUGACUGUCGGAAGGCGGGCGUAAGCCGCAGUCUUCCCCAGGUGCUGUUGUUCAACUACGUCGGAGGCGUGGUGCUCGCUCUACCGGGACCGCUUAUUAUUGCGAGACCGUUAGGCGUACUUUUGAAUUUCUUUGGGGGUUUGGUUCUAGGGAAAUAUCUCCUCGGAUAUAAGGAAUGCUAUUCCGAGUAUUAUAAACCGGAAGCUACUUGA